ACUCGAGAUAAUGUUUUCCUUGCGCUAUCGCAGCCAUUCGCUUAUCAGCCCAGUAUGAAUGACAUACCAUCAUGUCUGGAAACGUACAGGGUAAAGUAGGAAACUAUGAACGUCAGAAUGAAUUUUAUGAAGCAAAUAAAGAUUUGAGACUUUGAAAGAUAAAGUUGCCUUGACUGAUCAAAUUUUAUUCCGAAAAGAAAAAAGGGAAAGUUUUGUGUUUGUAUAACAGUGAAUUAAUGCAUUCGCGAGAAACGGCUGAUGUUCUGUGUAAAGAAAUGUGUUUAUCCUUGGAUAAAUUGGAUUAAUUAUCGUAUGAAUGAACUUGGUAUCUUGGAUAUCUGUGAGAAAGGCAGGCUGAAGUGAGUUGUAUCAAUCAAAGCUAUUUCCAGUAUCAUUUUGGAUAUAUACAUCAUUAACCGAUGAGAUGAGAUUCUUUUUUGUGCAGCGUUAAAUACUCUUGCAGAUGGUAAAAUUGCAAAAAGUUGGACAGUUUUAAUGGAAAAAUGCAAAAACUUUGACUGUUUUAAUAGGAACGUGCGUUUCUUCGUUACAACUGCAUUCCGUCUAAUGACUUCCUAAUUGACGGCGCAUUUCAUAGUAGUCCUAGAACAUAUCAGCAGCUGGGAGACUCCACUGUGCCAUAGAACAUUUCUGUGAUAAAGUAUUAAAAUUUUCAACCAAAAUGGCAUUCCAUUUAUGUGUUAAGAGUGUAAAUGCUUUGCUUUUGAUAUUUAUACUGUUCAAUGGACUGACGGACGCCCGACGACGGCGGGAAAGGCAAUAUCAGAACGACGGUGUUAGCUCCACUCGAUCUAAUUAUCGGAAUUCUCUCAAAGGGGCAAAUGUGUGUGGAAGUUCGAGACAGCGGCAUUGUUGUCGAGGAUGGACUGCAAAUCCUGGCAGCAGAAGGUGCAUUGUGCCUGUUUGCAGUGCAGGCUGUGGUAGCGGUGGCAUGUGUAUGAGACCCGGCCUGUGUCUGUGCGUUACUGGUCAGAUAUCACCAUACUGUGGCUCAAAAUCAUCAGGAGGAACAUCAUCUCUGUGCAAUCCCCCUUGUAAAAAUGGUGGUAUCUGUGUGGCUCGCAAUCUGUGCAGAUGUCCUUCCGGCUUCUCUGGCGGCUCCUGUGAUAACGAUUUAAGGACUGGUCCAUGUUAUACUCAGCUGUCAAACAACAUGUGCCGAGGUCAGAUUCCUGGUGUCAGUUGUACCAAGCAUUUAUGCUGCUCCACCCUGGGAAUGGCUUGGGGUGACCCGUGUGAGCAGUGCCCAGCGACACCACAUCCUUGCAAGAGGGGAUACAUUCUUAAUCCACAGAAAAAUACAUGCCAAGAUAUAGACGAAUGCACAGCCAUCCCCGGACUCUGUGUCUCCGGUAAUUGUAUGAACACAGUCGGUUCGUACGUCUGCCGGUGUCAGGAGGGUCAAACAGAGAACCGAAUUACCGGAGUAUGUGAAGAUAUCAACGAGUGUUUAACACAAAGGGACAUCUGUGGGGCCGGUCGUUGCACGAAUACUGAAGGUAGUUAUUUCUGCACGUGCCAACCAGGAUACGAACUCACAGAAGACAGAUCUAGGUGCAUCGCUGUCAGAAGAAAGUACUGCUAUACCCGUGUGAUAAGUGGACGAUGUUCAAACGCACUAUCCACCCAGCAGUCCCUAACCGAUUGUUGUUGUGGUGCUGGCAAGGGAUGGGGAGAAGACGAUCUCUGUCAGCCAUGUCCGGACAAAGGCACAGAUGCGUAUGUAAAACUUUGCCAAAGACCGGAGCCUCACACCAGAAUGUGUGCAUUUUUGCCAAACCUUUGCAAGAAUGGACGCUGCGUGGACACAACCUAUUCCUACCGCUGUGAGUGCUACCAAGGUUACAGAAUUUCUGACGACGGCUCGGAAUGUCUAGAUGUAGACGAAUGUCGAACACAAUCAGGACUUUGUUUGAAUGGUGAAUGCAUCAACUUGCCCGGAAGUUACGAAUGUCAGUGUAGAGAGGGAUUUGUUCUUGCUCCGGGUGGCAGAUACUGUACAGAUAUGAAUGAAUGUGCAGAGAAGAACAUGUGUCCAAACGGAGUGUGUAUUAAUAUGGAUGGCACCUACAAAUGUCAGUGUAACCGAGGCUUCAAACAGUCCGCUAAUCAACAAGUCUGCACAGACAUAGACGAGUGCACAGAGAAUGGACGUGUGUGUCUGAAUGGACAGUGUUUGAAUACACCGGGAAGUUUUAGAUGUAUUUGUAAUGAAGGAUACAGACUUUCACCAGAUGGCGCUUUCUGUCUUGAUGACGAUGAAUGCCAGACUUCAGGAAUGUGUGCUAAUGGCAUGUGUAAAAAUCUCCGGGGCAGCUACAAAUGUAUCUGUAAUUCUGGAUUUAUCCUAGCACCAGGUGGCGAUGUCUGUAUAGAUAUUGAUGAGUGUAGCAGCCAGCCAGGGAUCUGUGUGAAUGGAGAAUGCAUCAACAACCAGGGAAGUUUUAGAUGUAGGUGCUCACAAGGAUUUACUCUGGGACCAGACAGAAGAACAUGCUUGGAUACAAAAAAAGAUUUAUGUUUCAUGCAGUACAGCCGAGGUGAAUGUAGCAGCCCAUCAGGCAUGCUAGCGACAAAGUCACAGUGUUGCUGUAUGGUGGAUUCCAUGGACCCACCGGGUAUAGCCUGGGGACGGGACUGUGAACGCUGUCUGUCAAUGUCAGACCCUGGAUACAAAAUUCUGUGUCCCAAUGGACCAGGAACUGAUCAUAACGGAGGAGAUAUAAAUUAUUGUGCCAUGAGACGAGAUCUGUGUGAGAAUGGAGCAUGUGAGAAUAUACCUCGUGGAUAUAGAUGUAGAUGUGAUGUUGGGUACCGUCCAGACUCUUCAGAGAGGAGAUGCCUUGAUGUACAGGAGUGUCUGGAGAACACUCGUCUAUGUGAAGGUGGUCAGUGCAGGAAUACUCCUGGUUCCUACCAUUGUAUUUGCCCAGAUGGUACCAGGCUUAAUGCAGCAAAUCAAAUGUGUGAAGAUAUAGACGAGUGUGCAUCCUCCCCCUGUAUAGAUGGUACAUGUCAAAAUAUAGCCGGAAGCUUUAGGUGUAACUGUGACCAUGGUUACACGCUGGAUUCCACCGGAAAAAUCUGUAUAGAUGCAAGAAAGGGUUGGUGUUGGAUGGAGAUCAGGAAUGGAGAAUGUGAGGCUAAUGUAAAACAGAGAAUGACCAAGUCUGAGUGCUGUAGUACAGUUGGUAAGGGGUGGGGCAGUCCGUGUCAGGAAUGUGCAGUGACACCAUCUUCACCCUGUCGUCCUGGAUAUACAUUCACUUUUGAAGGCUGUAAAGAUGUGAAUGAGUGCGUAUUGUUCCCGGGCCUGUGUAAGGGAGGGGGUACUUGUGUGAACACUGAGGGGUCAUUUACCUGUCAGUGCCCUGCUGGAAUGGAGUUAGAUGCUACAGGCAAAAUUUGUUUAGACAAAAGAAAAUCCAGUUGUUAUCUAGAGUACAGUCGUGGUAGAUGUCAUCAAGGAAUGGAGGGUAUGUUUACCCGCUCAAUGUGCUGCUGUUCAGUGGGAAAAGCCUGGAGCCAGCAGUGUGAACCAUGCCCUGUGAAAGGCUCUGUUGAAUAUGAAGCACUAUGUAUUGAUGGUGGAAUGAUUAUUGGGCCUGAUUUCCCUGUUGAUAUCAAUGAGUGUCAAGAUAUACCUGGUAUUUGUGUGAAUGGUGACUGCCGCAACACUCUUGGUAGUUUUACAUGUACUUGUAACCCGGGAUUUGCUCUUGAUGCAAGGGGACUUAACUGUACAGAUAUUGAUGAAUGUAGAAUCUCCUACGGGAUCUGUGAAAAUGGUGUAUGUGUCAAUACUCCAGGAGCAUUCCGCUGUGAAUGUAACCAAGGUUACAUGGCUGUCAUGAUGGACCAGAUGUGUAUGGAUGUAAAUGAGUGUACAGAGAACCCUUCAUUGUGUCGUGGAGGGACGUGCAUCAAUGAGCAAGGUGAUUACAGAUGUCAGUGUCCUGAUGGGCUUGAACUCUCAACAGACGGCACAGAGUGUCAUGAUGUGGAUGAAUGUUCCGCCAGCAGCAGUAUCUGUUCCCAUGGUUACUGUGAGAAUUUCAUGGGUGGUUACCAGUGUACAUGUAGUCAGGGUUUCAGACCAAAUACUCUGAGAACUACUUGUCUUGAUAUAGAUGAAUGCUCGGAGCGGAAUGGAGGUUGUCAAUCGCUGUGUAUCAAUUCACCUGGAAGCUUUACAUGUGGAUGUGAGAUGGGAUUUAUACUUCAGCCUGAUGGACGAUCCUGUCAAGAUUUUGAUGAAUGCAGGGAUGACUCAGAGACUUGCAAUGGUGGAAAAUGUACCAAUAUACCAGGGGGAUACAGAUGUACAUGUGUUGGCGGUCUGAGGCCUUCAGAGGAUCUCAAACAGUGUAUUGAUGUGGAUGAGUGUUCAGAGAGAAGGAAGGUAUGUGAAAGUGGACUAUGUGAGAACACACAUGGAUCAUACAGAUGUUUAUGUGAUAACGGAUAUGCUGUACAGAACUUGUCUAACACGUGUACAGACAUAGAUGAAUGUAAGACAGGGGAAGAUCUCUGUGCUGAAGAUGCAUACUGUUAUAACACACAGGGAACAUAUAAAUGUGACUGUAAAGCUGGUUUUGAAGGUGAUGGAUUCUCCUGUAGAGAUAUCAAUGAGUGUAGAAGAGGCCGGGUAUGUGCAGCAGAGGCCGUGUGUAUUGAUGUUCCUGGUAGUUUCUCUUGUGUCUGUGGUGAAGGUUUUACAGGCGAUGGAUUUAGAUGUCAAGAUAUAGAUGAAUGUACGUUAAACCCUGACCUGUGUGAACAUGGUAGAUGUUACAAUAUACCAGGCAGUUUCAGAUGUACAUGUGACAUGGGCUUUGCCCUCACUGAAGACGAGAAAGCAUGCGAAGAUAUCAACGAGUGUGUGAUGUUCCCUAACUUGUGUGUGAAUGGUGUAUGUGAGAACCUAGAUGGAUCAUUCCAGUGCAACUGCAGACAGGGGUACAAGCCAGAUGCUACAGGAGGAAACUGCACAGAUAUAAAUGAAUGUGAUAACCCAGAGAAUUGUCUGUAUGGGAACUGUAUAAACAGUAUAGGAAGUUAUACCUGUGAAUGUCCACCAAACUUUGUUCUGAACCCGUCAGGGACAGGAUGUAUAGAUGAUAGGCGUGGUUUUUGUUACCUUGAUGUAAGACAGCAGAGACGAUCUGGACGAUGUAGCAAGGUGAUAGCAAAUGAUGUUACCCGGGCAACAUGUUGUUGUUCAGUUGGUAAAGGCUGGGGAGAGUUAAGUGGAUACUGUGAUCUCUGUCCAAGAAAUGGUACAAGGGAAUACAGGACUUUGUGUAUAGCAGAAACUGGUUUUGGUCCUGACCCUGACACACUUCUACCUGAAGAUAUUGAUGAGUGUAGGGAUUUUAUUGGUGUGUGUAAGAAUGGAGAAUGUUUGAACACAUUUGGAAGUUACACAUGUAUAUGUCCUGAUGGCUACAGACUGGAUGAGGAUAUACUUGAAUGUAUAGACAUAGAUGAGUGUGCAGAGUUCCCAGACUUUUGUGACCCAGGUAGAUGUGUGAACAGCCCUGGUAACUUCUCUUGUCUCUGUCCUGAUGGUUAUAUGCCAAUGCCUGGAGAAGGAUGCAUGGAUAUGAGGAAGGAUAUAUGCUAUGCAGCAGUGUUCAACGGUACCAGCCGAGGCUAUCCUCCCAGAUGUGAGCAUGAGUUAUCGUCUCAGGUGACCAAGAGACAGUGUUGCUGUAAAGAUAGCAUUGGUCAGGGUUGGGGGACACCAUGUGAGCCAUGUCCUGUGAAGAACUCCCGUGAAUACUUGGAACUGUGUAAACCAUUACCUAUCAGAGAGGACACAAAUGAGUGUGCUAUAUAUCAGUUCCUGUGUGAGAAUGGUCGCUGUAUAGAUACAGACACAGGGGAGGGGUAUCUGUGUGAAUGUGGACAGGGAUUUGUCUAUAACAGGAUCAGCAAAAGAUGUGAUGAUGUGGAUGAGUGUAGAAGUAGAAGAAAUCCGUGCCAAGGAAAUGCUGUGUGUAUAAAUACAGUGGGCAGCUACAGGUGUGACUGUAUUCCAGGGUAUAAACUCUCAGCAAGUGGAAGAAGAUGUUCAGAUAUAGAUGAGUGUGAGGAAGUGGCUGGUAUAUGUACAAACGGAGACUGUGUCAACCUAGAUGGUAGUUUCAGUUGUCGUUGCAAGCAGGGUUUCCGACUUGCAUCUUCCAGAAAUGCUUGUUUAGAUGUAGACGAGUGUACGUUACAGCCAGGAUUAUGUAGGAAUGGUACAUGUGAGAACAAGAUUGGAAGUUACGAAUGUCACUGUAACCCAGGAUUCAAACUGUCAGUUAAUCAGGAUUGUGAAGAUAUAGAUGAAUGUGAGAAUUACAUAGGUAUAUGUAUGAAUGCACGUUGCUUGAACACACAAGGCAGUUUUCUGUGUGAAUGUUUGCCAGGGUAUACACAUUCUUCAGACAGGAUGAAUUGUAGAGAUAUAGACGAGUGUUCUGAGAUCUCAGGUAUAUGUAGAAACGGAUUUUGUACAAACAAUGAUGGCUCCUACCAGUGUACCUGUUUUGAUGGAUAUACAUUGACAUCUAAUGGUGAAUCUUGCAGAGAUGUGAAUGAGUGUCGUACAAUACCUGGAGUAUGUUCUAACGGUAGAUGUAUAAAUGAGGAAGGCACUUUCAGAUGUCAGUGCCCUUCAGGAUAUGUCCUCUCAGAAGAUGGAAGAAGCUGUAUUGAUUUACGACGAGGAAAUUGUUACCGGGUGUUUGAGAGGGGUCUGUGCCAGGACCCUAUUCCUGUCAACAUGACAAAGUAUCAGUGCUGCUGUACGACUGGUGCAGCAUGGUCACAUAUUGGCUCUGAGUUCUGUGAGGUUUGUCCUAUCAAAGGAGAAGCUGGUUUUGAAGACUUGUGUGAUGAUAUGGGAAGAGGGAAGGGUCCAAGUGGAGAUGAAGAUUUGAAUGAAUGUAUGUUGGAUCCCGAGUUAUGUUUGAAUGGUAAAUGUGUGAAUACAGAUGGCUCAUAUAGAUGUGAAUGUUUACCUGGCUAUGGUCUAGAUUCUACUGGUCGUAUCUGUGUUGACCAUGAUGAAUGUGAGACUCGAGAUAUGUGUGGAAAUGGAACAUGCACCAACUCUGUGGGCAGCUUUACGUGCACCUGUAAUGCAGGAUUUGAGCCCGGACAACAGGAAAUAUGUGAAGACAUCAAUGAGUGUGAUGGACCACUGAAUCAGUGUGCAUUCAGAUGCUUCAAUACUAAAGGAUCUUUUAAAUGUAUUUGUCCAAUGGGUUACCAGGUGGCUUCAGAUGGCAUACAUUGUGAAGAUGUAGAUGAGUGUUCAACACCUGCUAAUAUAUGUCGCUAUGCCUGUAAGAAUUUGAUUGGUACAUUUAUGUGUAUAUGUCCAGAGGGCUACAGGGAGACUGGCAGAGACCAGUGUACUGACAUAGACGAAUGCAGGGAGCAACCAAACGUAUGUCAGCCAGGACGAUGUUUAAAUACUCAGGGUGGUUACAGGUGUGAUUGUCCCCGAGGUUACAGGCCAAGUACUGACGGCAAACAGUGUCUUGAUUACAGGGAAGACUACUGCUAUAUGGAGCUGGUAUCUGGACGUUGUAGACCCACUAGGGAUACACCACGAUCUACACACGCUAGCUGUUGCUGUGCUGGGGCAAAAGCUUGGGGGAGAAGAUGUGAAAUUUGUCCUCGACCAGGAACUGCUGAGUACAAAAGUUUGUGUCCUAGAGGUGGUGGCUAUGACCCAGAUGGAGGAGAUAUUGACGAGUGUCGUAUGUUUCCAAACCUAUGUGUGAAUGGGCGAUGUCUGAAUACUGCUGGCUCCUACAGAUGUGUGUGUAUGCAAGGCUACAAAGCUGACAGUGUAACUGGACAAUGUGUUGAUACUGAUGAGUGUGCAGAAGGCGGGGCUUGUGAUCAUGUUUGCCAGAAUAUGAUUGGUUCUUACAGAUGUACCUGUCGUCAAGGUUACAUUCUUAACAUGGAUGGAAAAACAUGUAGAGAUAUUGACGAAUGUGCAACAGGGCAACACAAUUGUCCACAUGAAUGUACAAACACUGAGGGAGGGUUUGACUGUGGAUGUCCUGAGGGUUACACACAGGACAGAAAUAAACAGUGUAUAGAUAUAGAUGAGUGUGCAGAACAGCGCCACCUGUGUGCCCCUGGUGGACAAUGUAGAAACACCAAGGGAGGCUAUAUGUGUGUGUGUAACAGAGGUUACAAACUGGAUUCUACAGGACAAAAAUGUAUUGAUAUUGAUGAGUGUGAAGAUGGACAAUGUGAGAAUCUGUGUGAAAACAGUGCAGGUGGAUAUUACUGUGGAUGCCCUGAGGGUUACACUGAAUACUAUGCACAGUGUGUAGAAAUUGAUGUGUGCACUACAAGCCCCUGCGUAUUUGAAUGUGUCCCAACUGGUAAGGAGUUCAUGUGUGCGUGCCCUCCAGGAUAUCAGAUGAUAGGAGAAGGUCACUGUAUACAGACAAUCUCACCAGCAGACUACAGCUCAAUGUUUCCUCCUGGUGUGGAACUGCCCCAUGAUACCUCUCUUGGUACAGGAGAACUACCGGAAGGCGAGGGAUGCUAUUCUUGUAAUGUAGGAGAUGUGCCAUUAGAAGUUCCUCUGGCAAAAAGAAACAAACGCAGCAUCAUUGGCAGUGGGGCAGAACGUAUCAUCAACAUAGAGGAAUUGACUGAAUGGCAAGAUGAUGACGAUGAUGAUGAUGAUGAUGAUGAUGAUGAUAGCUAUGAGGCUUUACUCAAAAGAAGCGGAGAAGUUGUUAUUGAGGAUAUAAGGAGACGUCCUUAUAAGUUCAGACCACGGCUGCUGAAAAUUGUCAAACGAGAAGCUAUACGCCAAAAGGGAAAUCAGCUAAGAAGACAUAGAACACGGAAACACCAGAGCUUGCGGGAUGAACCCUCUGUCGAUAUUCAGAAAUCUGUGCCAGUCUUCCUGAACUUAACCGAUGUCAGUCGUAAAACAAAACUCAUAAAAAUGCUACCAGCUUUAGCUGCACUACAGGGAAAUGUAGAUUACAGAAUUACCAACCGUGAGGACAAGUUAUUCUUUCUGAAGGAAAAGAAGGGAAUUAACUCAUUGCACGCAAGACGUAAAAAGUUACAUAAAGGAAUGUCAUACCACGUUGAUAUUGAGGCCAUACCUAUUCAUGAAGAGCAGUCUGUUAAUGGACAUGAAAUGUUUCUAGGGAAAUCUGUUUUCAGAUUUUAUAUAUAUGUGUUGUAACAAGACAUUAGAUAGAUGGACAAAUAUAUAAAAUGGCCUUUAAAACUUUCAUAGCUGUGUGUGGUUGUGAUGUACAUGUAGGAAUAUGAUAUUUAAUUGUUAUAGUAUAGAAUGGUUUGCAUGAUGUAGACAAGGAGGAUACUGGAGAUCAUCAGUUAUGGUUAUCUCUUUGUAGAGGAAUAGUAUCUGCUUAAUGAAUAAACUUUACCUAUCAACUCUUGUUUUAUCUUAAUUUAGGAUUAAUGGUGGUUAAUCAGAUUUUAGACAAGUGUAUUUGUUCAGAGCUUUAACAUUUGAUCAUUUACACUAAUUAGUGUUUCAUGAGUGCUAAAUUCAUGUUAGAUUUUUACUGGAGGUAUUUUAGCUCGACUUUUUGAAGAAAAAGUAGAGCUAUUGCACCCACCCUGGUGUGGGCGUUGGCAUUGCCGUUGGUUAAAGUUUUUGAUAAAGUCAAAUAUCUCUGUUACUAUCAAAGCUUUUGACUUGAAACUUAAAAUAGUUAUUUACUAUCAAAGUCUACACCAGGAGAAACAAGCCCCAUAACUCUGGUUUGAAUUUUGACAGAGUUAUGCUCCUUUUUAACUUAGAAUUUGUUGGUUAAAGUUUUGUAAAGUUUUUACUGGCAAAACUCUAAUUCAGAGUCAACCACUGAAAAAAGUUGAGUGUGCUGUCUUGUUGACAGCUCUUGUUAAAAUUUGAUUUUCCUGUCCUGGUUGCCCUACCAGGAUACUUACUUUAGCAUAAGUAUAAUAUUGAUUAACACAUUGCCUAAGGAAUCAAUUGUAUCAUAUUUGUCAAAGAGUUGUGUUAAUUAUUUAGCCAAAAUUCAUUGAAAUACAAGUUUGUGAAAUCAUUAUUACCUCCCUUUGCCUAUCUUCUAAACACAGUUUUGAAAACUUGCCUUUUGGUUCAGAUUGUUGAAGUAUUUUAUAUCUGUCAAAUAGAAAUGUAGUACUUGAAAUUAUAUUGAAAUCUAAAGAAAUACUCAGCUUUAUAAAUACUUCUUUUUGUAUUAAAAGUUUUGAAAGUUUCAUUUUCAUCAGAAUGAAUGGUCAUUUUAAAUGGGGAAAAAACAACAUUUCAAAUGUUUUGUUUGCAAUUUCUAAUUCUUAUUUAAGGUAUUUGAAUUUUUUUUUAUUCAGAUCAAAAUCUUGAAGAUUAUCUUAUUGACAAAGAAUGUAAUAUGAUUUCAUUUGAUAAUUUUGUAUUUCUUUUUCAAAGUUUAUUAGUAAAACAUAAGAUUUUGUAGCUACCAUUGUUUCUUUAGAGGGGACUCACUGUUUGUUUGCCAGUGAGUGACACAAAAUGGGAUUCUGCAGUAAAAAUUUAAAAGUACAAGAUCUUUCUUCAUGAAACUAGGUACAAGGACGAAAAUAGUUUUUCUUGAAACCUGACUUACAGAUGGUAGGUUAUUUGAAAAAUAAGCAGGUUCUUCAAAUAAAUUUCAAUAUAAAAAGGAGGUUCCUAUGUCAGGUAAAUUACUCAACAUCUUUUCUAACUCCAAACUGAUUUUUUGUUUUCAUCUCAGCAAAAUUUAAUCAGAUUUAAAUGAAAAAUGGACACAUUGUUUAAUAAUUAUUCAGUUGAAUGAAACAUAAAGACAGCAAUUAUUUAUAGAUUCAUUGAGCCUUGAUAGUUGCAGUUAGGUUAUGCAAAAAUAAACAAGUCACAAAAUAAUUGUAGCUUUGUGAGGGAAUUCAAACAAUUUUGCAGGCAACAUUACACUCUUGAGUUAGAACGUGCUCUUAUCAUGACAUCAGGUACUAACCUGUACGUUUUUAUUACAAGAUUAUCAAAUUUAUAUCAGAAAUAUGCACAAGUUUUGCAAUUGAGAUUUUGAGUGCCAUUAAUUAGUGACUUAAUAUCUUUCUCGAUCAUUUUGUUGCAUCAUCAUAUUUACUCAUGAAUUGAUCAUUAAUGCUAAUUUGGCUCAGUAAAUAUGAAAAUUAUCAACAUAAGAUAUCUAUCGAUGCCACUUCAUCAGUUAAUGUGUUGUCAUUAGAAACGUCACUAAACCUGAUAUGAAAAUUACACGUUGAUACAGAAAGUAUUGACGGAUGUUCCAUUUUUAUUAAACAGAUCUGAACAUUCAGUAUGUUAUUAUUUGAAUUUUAUCAAUUUGAUAUGUUCAAAAUGUACUGCUGUCAUUUGGGAUUUAAUAAUUGAGCCGUGCCAUGAGAAAACCAACAUAGUGGGUUUGCGACCAGCAUGGAUCCAGACCAGCCUGCGCAUCCGCGCAGUCUGGUCAGGCUCCAUGCUGUUAGCUUUUAAAGCCUAUUGGAAUUGGAGAAACUGUUAGCGAACAGCAUGGAUCCUGACCAGACUGUGCGGAUGCGCAGGCUGGUCUGGAUCCAUGCUGGUCGCAAACCCACUAUGUUGGUUUUCUCAUGGCACGGCUCAAUUAUUAAUGUGACUUUUGAUGUAAGGGUUAUUAUACUGUAACCGUUAUUGCUAAACAAGUCUACUUUUGAGUGUUAUCAUUUUGUUUUAUAGUGAUAGAAUAAUCAUUUAACAUUGUGCCAGAAUUUCAGUCAAACCUGUUACAAUCUUGCAGAAAUAAAAAAAAAAGCAGGUGUGUAGAAAAGUUGUUGAGUAUAUGACUUCGGAUAGUGGACUUUCAUAUUGUUAGUACUUUAAGAAAGCCAAUAAAUUAGUAGUUUAUUUUCUAUACCAGACAUGUAGCUAUAUAGCAUUGUAAACUCCAACAAACUUCCUUAAAAGUUGUAAACUGUUAGAGGAAUUUCAGCUUGUUAGUUACAAAGAAAACUAUCUGAUAUUUUAUGAAAUAUAUUUGCCUGCAGAGGACACUGAAUUUGACAUCAAAGUUACAAUGUAUGAGGUGUUUUGUGAAUUUAAAAAUAAGAUUUUGUUUUCUAUUAGUUAUAACUGUGUUAGAAAUUUUAGAAUAAUAUUUGCUACGGCCAGUUUACAUCCUUGUUUAUCUUGUAUUAUUGUUUAUUCUAUGUAACAUUGCUGUAUAAUUAAGGUGAUCUAGAUAUGCUGAAAUGGCAAACUUCUCACAAAUACCACCUGACAGACUGUAUCAUUUAUAUAUAUUAUCAGCUAGCAAUUGAUAUAGUAUUGAAUAUAUGUUAUUAUGCAUUUAUAUUUAGCUCGUAGGCAUUACAUGUAUAUAUUUAGGAUGAGAAUAAUGUACAAUUAUUAUAUAUUCAAAUAAAUAUUGUGUGCUACAUAUAAAGUCGAAGGGAAAUAACUUUAAAUUCAAUUUUUCAGAUACUAUUUCUAGAGUUUUUCCCCUUGAAUUGGAAAAUAAGUAUUGUUGCAUGAUAGGGCUUCAACAAAGUGUGUAUCUGUGUAAAAUUAAGUGGUAAUAAUAAAGUAUUAAACAAAAUAGCA